AACAACAAUUUACAUUUUUUUAUCUUCGGCACUUGCGUUCAGACUGGGAUUGAGGAAGUCUUGCUAUGUUUAAUUUAGACCUAAUCAUUAUAAAGGAGUUUAUAAUACGCGCAUACUUAUUUAUUCAAACAGAAUGUUGACUAUUGAAUCUCUUACAUAGCACGGUGUAUAUCAAUGCCUCAGGAAAAUGUGUAUUUUUUUCUUAAAUAGGCAUGAAUUCCAAUGAUAACUGUAAUAAGCGUCAAACAUGGGGUUGACCCGUAUGAAGCUUUUCGGUAUUUUAUUCGGCCUGCAAUUAAUUUCGCUAGCCUAUUCUGAUGAGAAGCCUAUGAACGUGGAUGCAGUGUGUAAUAGUACCACUUCUGAUCGUGUUGAUUACGAAUUUAAUUCAGAUGUUGUUAGCAGUGAACAUAUAAUUACUUAUAAGGGUUAUUUCUCUCGAUCAACGAGAGAAAACUAUGUCUAUGCAGCUUUGAGGAAUGCAGGGGUAUCAAAUUUUACGCUACUGCGACGUGACAAUCCAGCAAAUGAAUAUCCAAGUGACUUUGAUGUGAUCAUUCUUGAAGAUGGUGGCAGACGAGCGCUCGAUGCGCUCAAAGAUCAUCCAGCCAUAAAGCGUGUCACUGCACAAAGACAAGUCACUCGCACAAUCAAAUAUAUACCCGAGGAUGACUGCGGACCGGCUGGGUGCUUAUACGCUGGUUGGCGCAAUCAUCGCGGUCGAUCUCUGCGCUCCCUCAGGCAGCCACUUGAAAAUGGUGGGUACACAUCUAGGAAGUUGUUGCGAACUGUACCUCGACAAAUAACGUCUGUUUUGAAGGCCGAUUUGCUAUGGUCUCUUGGAGUGACUGGGGAGGGUAUCAAGGUAGCGGUGUUCGAUACCGGCUUGGCACGCAACCACCCGCACUUCGGACGAGUUCGGGAGCGGACAGACUGGACUGGGGAGAACACCCUCGAUGACGCGCUUGGGCAUGGGACCUUCGUAGCCGGGGUCAUCGCCUCCAGGGCCGACUGCCUUGGCUUCGCACCCGAUGCUGAUCUUCAUAUCUUCCGGGUCUUUACCGAUAAUCAGGUUUCAUACACUUCAUGGUUUUUGGACGCAUUCAACUACGCCAUAAUGCGAAAAAUCGACGUUUUGAACCUAAGUAUUGGUGGCCCGGAUUUUAUGGAUCAUCCAUUCGUUGAUAAAGUUUGGGAGCUCAGCGCAAAUAAGGUGAUAAUGGUGUCGGCGAUAGGAAACGACGGGCCCCUGUACGGCACCCUGAACAACCCAGCUGACCAGAUGGAUGUCAUCGGAGUCGGCGGCAUCGGGUUCGACGACAGAAUAGCCAAGUUCUCUUCUAGAGGGAUGACCACUUGGGAAUUACCGCACGGUUACGGGCGCAUGAAACCAGAUAUCGUCACGUACGGCAGCGGUGUGAGAGGGUCCAGUGUCACUGGUGGUUGCCGUUCUCUAAGCGGUACAUCAGUAGCCUCGCCCGUCGUCGCUGGUGCUAUAGCACUUUUGGCAAGCGGCGUCCCUCGCCACAAUCUAACGCCGGCGGCGGUGAAGCAAGCGCUGUGUAUGACCGCGCUACGAUUACCCGGGCCCAACAUGUUCGAGCAGGGCCACGGGAAACUCGACCUUAUUAGCGCUUAUCAGUUCCUUCGCAAAUACGAGCCUCAAGCAAGUCUAAGUCCGAGCUACAUCGAUUUGACUGAGUGCCAGUACAUGUGGCCGUACUGCACCCAGCCGCUGUACUACAGCGCGCAGCCGACUAUUGCCAACGUUACCGUCAUCAACGGCCUAGGGGUGUCUGGAAGAGUGAAAGAAGUAUCGUGGCACCCACAUUUGCCGCACGGCGUGUUACUCUCGCUGUCGGUCGAGUACAGUCAGAUCCUGUGGCCCUGGUCCGGUUGGCUGGCUCUCAGCUUUACCGUAAUGGAGGCAGGCGCUGAAUUCGAUGGCGUUGUUGAGGGUCAUGUCAACGUUACUGUAGAGAGCUACGAUGACUCCGGUGAGAAGACAAUGAAAAAUGCAACACUUACGCUACCUGUACGUGCUCGCGUAAUACCAGUCCCGGUACGGUCUCGUCGCCUCCUGUGGGACCAGUUCCACAGUCUCCGCUACCCGGGAGGCUACUUCCCCCGCGACGACCUUCGAGCCAAGCACGACCCCCUGGACUGGCACGCAGACCAUGUUCACACCAAUUUCCGCGAUAUGUACCGCCGGCUUCGAGAGCACGGCUUCUAUUUGGAGGUUAUGGGAUGCCCCUUAACCUGUAUCGACACAUCACUAUACGGCGCGUUGCUAUUGGUGGACCCAGAAGACGAGUACUUCCCAGAAGAGAUGGCGGCCUUGAAGAAAGCCGUUGAUUCGGGAAUGUCCCUAGUCGUGUUCGCUGAUUGGUACAACGCUUCAUUGCUGCGACACGUUAAGUUCUAUGACGAGAAUACUCGGCAAUGGUGGAUACCUGAGACGGGCGGUGCUAACGUACCAGCACUAAACGAUUUGCUCAGCAUGUACCAGGUUGCGUUAGGUGACCGCGUAUUCGAAGGCGCGUUCCGUCUCGGCGGUCACCCGAUGUACUACGCCAGUGGGACGCAUAUUCACAGCUUUCCCGAACACGGAAUACUGAUCACCGCACCGCUUAGCGAUCAGGGCCAUCAAAUAAUGUCUGGCGAGAAGGCGGGCGGGACGGGCGGCACGUCGGGCGGGGGGCAGACCGUCGACGUGCCGAUACUAGGACUGCUGCAAACCGACGGCGAAACGAGAGACUACACGAACGAUACCAGCGAGAAACUGCCCAAGUCUGGGCGCCUGGUGGUUUACGGCGACUCCUCGUGCCUGGAGGGCGGGGCCGCUCGCAACUGUCACUGGCUGUUGCUAGCCGCGCUACAGUACGCGCUCGUGGGACACCUGCCUUCCUCCCUGAAGGACGCCGCCGCACCGCAACAGCAUCGACUGCGAGACGUACAUAUUAUACCUUCAGACUUGCCCCAGCGUGCUGAAGGCGGUCGUCUCCACGUAUACUCUAGAGUGCUAUCCCCGGACGGCAGCGGGCCGCGUCCUGUCCCGGAAUGCAUGACACCGUCGCCGGUAGACCCGCAGCCCAUACACGCGCCUCCCUCCGCGCGCACUCUCGCACCCAGACAUCAGCCUACAGACCCUAAGAGCAUCGGUGCCCCAGAGAUAGAAGGCACGGAGCCAGCGCCGCGGACCUGGCGCGGGGCAGGUGCGGCGCCCUCCCGGUCCCACAGCUACGAGGGCCAGGGCCCCAGCACCAUGAGCCGCGCGAUGACACUCCUUGCCAUCGUUGCCAUCGUGUACUGCGUCACCGCCGCCUGGAGGCGCUGCGGCCGCAAGCUGCGACGCCGGAGACUCAUGUCUCUAGCCACCUAGCAUAAGCUCAAAUGUGAUAAGAAGAAGCGACAUCACGAGAAACACGUGGGGCCAAAUUAGAACAACUCACCCAUAGUGCCUGAUUCGCUGUACUUUUCUACCUCUUGAAAAUAUCAGUGAUUCAUUUGGCAAUCACAGAACUUGAGUAUGACAGAUGUCUCGACACUAUUAAAAAAGGGUUGAACAAAAGAGCAACGAAUCACAGAAGUUGUUUUGAUGUGAAUAGUUUAGCUUUUCAGUAACUAAGGGUGGAAGUUGAAACAACGGUAGCAAGGUAUUCAAGACAGUGAUGAAAACAGAGGACUGCUUUUUAUAUUAUUAUCAGGUGACAAACUUUUAAUCAAUGUAAAAUAAAUUACUUAAAGACAUAGUGUAUUAUAGAUUGGUGCAGUUUGACUUUAGUGAUUGCCACUCAAAAGCAGUGUUUUAGUAGAUUUUUUAUUUAUUAUUUAACCUACUUUCAUUCGCUUACGAUUAGAGACUGAAAAGUGUGAUUAACUUUAGUAAAAACUAGUACCAGUUUGGUGCAACACUAUUUAUAUUAGAUGUAUGUUUAAUAUCAAGUAAUAGCUUGCUUAUAUCUAAUGUGUUGAGAAUGCAUGCAUCUCUGAACUCACCAAAGAACUGCUUCAAAAACAAGGUGUAAUGCAGCAUGUUACAAAGCGAGCAUUUUGUCAGAAAGUACGCAGAGAUGCACAGGCAUAAGUUAAUAAGUUCUUAUUGUAUGAAUUCUCGUGUAAGAAACAAAAUUACCUCUAGCCACUGGUCUUAAGGAUCAACCUUUUCGUAUUUAUGAAAAUACUCAGAAUUAUAUUAAGACUACCGAACGUGUUUUAACUAUCAAGUGUAGUAAGUUAUUUUCUAUACGACACAUGAUUUAAUUAGUGUAGUUCAAGCAAAUUUCUAUUUUAAAUACAACACCAUAUGAUUCACUUUAACUGAAUUAGUCUGUUAUGAUGAUGGAUGUAUACAAAGUUCUGUGAGUAAUUGAGUAGGUUUCAAAUAAGUGUAUGGGUGGAUGUACCUUCGUUAAGACGAACAUAAUAUUAAUAAUCGUAUAGAGUUUAUCUGGAAGGGGGCUUCUUACAUUUUACUACCAUUUUUAAAGUGUUUUGUUUUUGUGAGAGUGAGAAAGCACGCUAUCAAAUUUAAGGCAGUGUCUUUUUUUUAAACAAUCUUCAAAAGUGGUAGUGAUCUCCCUAAAAUUAUAAUAGUUUUAAAUUCAUUAUUUUUGUAAGCAGUUAAUACAAAUCUAUUUAAUAUUAAAAUAUUGCGUGUACUUGAGUGGCGUUCGCAUGUCGAUAAUACUUUUAUGUCAGUCGUGCCUGCACUGUGUUUGUUAUUUAUAAUUAAUUUAGUAAUUUAUUAUUUUACAAGUGUAUUUCGAAGUUUGUUUAUUCAGAAAUACUUAGCUAAAUUAUAUGGCGUGUGGAGGAUAUCAAAUGAAGCAAUUUUUAAAACAGCUUGGAUAUGUAUAAAUUUCUUCUUUGAAAAUAUUCCUUUGGAAAACCCCCAUCACACGAGGAUUAAAUACCUUAGUGCGGGAGUCGUUUUUAACAAAAAGAACAUGGCCCUAUCAUAAAGGCCUUAUGUUAUAAGUAUUUUUUUCUGAUGGUAACUUUUAGAGAAAGAAAGCAGUAUUUGAAAUAUCCAUUCCUUGCAAAUCCAUUACACGCUAAAGAUUCAUUAUUGGUAUUGAGAUUGUAUAAUUAUUUUAGACUUAGGUAUAUAUACGUUUUUGUGUAAUUAAUGUUUACUUAAUAAAUGUUUACUCUCAAAAUCGGACUCGCGAUUAUUGAUUAGGAUAUUAGUCGCAAGAUAUUUUAAGUUACCAAAAAUGUACCUCAAUGCACUGAAGCUAUGAAAUGGAUCAUGUCCGAAUGAUUUCUUUCCCCGUCAUGGAUAUUAAGCCGAGGUUGAACUUGUUAUUUAUUUUGAUAUUUGUAUUAAGUAUUUAUAGUGCAUUAAGUGCACGUUUUUACACAUAUACGUCAUUCUAAAGCUCGGGUAUAUUAUUCGUCCUUAAUGAAAUAUGUAGUGUUGUUGCUUAAUGUUAUAACUGUCUAUUUAUUGUAUUAUAGUAUAAAUAAGAAAGCGUAGUAACAAAAGUAUAUUUAGAUUUAUAAAAGUACGUAAAUAUAGAUGUACUAAAAUGCUGUAAACAGUUUGUAGUUUAAGUAUAUUAUGUAAAAGAGUUGUUUAGACGUGUCACACUGCGGGAUACAGUCGACCAAACAGUGGUAACGCUUUCAAAUUAAAUUCAAUCUUAUUAUCAAGGCCUUUUGUUUUGAUUUUGCCUUAUGUUAUCACUUAUGUUGCCACUGUUUGGUUUAUAGUUCUCGAGUUGCUGAUAUAAUAUGGUCACAUAGUGAAUUUUGUACGUAGCCCAAGAAAUACUAUUCAAUAGUUACAAAUUGAGUGCAUCUUAUUAUGGAACUGUGUAAUAUUAUAAAAGUUUUAACCGUAAAUUUGGACUGACACUAGGUUUAUCACGUGUCUCAGAAUUCACGUUAACCUUUUUACUCGAUUGUCCUACUACGAUCUUUGUCAGUCAUUUCAAUUCAGACCAGUCUUACUAAACAAUACUGUGUUACCUAGUAACAAGGAUGCUUGAGAUCAGACUGUCAGAUGCUCCGUGAGAAAUAGGGUACAAUCUCAAGCCGGUAAGACUGGAAACUGACCCCAACUUACCCUGGGAAAAGGAGAGAUUGCGAAAGUUGAAUAGAGACAGUAUUUAUAUAUAAUUAUGUUUAUUGUCAAAGGGUUGUUUAAAGUUACAAAAGAGAACACUUAAAGCAGGUUUGUCGAUAUAAAUAUCUUUACUCACAACUGACAAAUUUUUUGUUUAAUAUAUUGCACAGUGAAAUAGUUUUAAAGAAAUCUAGAACAUCUGUACAAGGCACUCCCCAUGUUGAAUAUGACAUUAAAUAGUAUAAGACAUGUUUUAACAUAAGUUUAGGGAUUGAUGUACAUAAUUGUAUAAUUAUGUAUUUCAUGGUAACUUACAUGAAAGACUGGUCACCACGUACGCUUUCGCGUUUAGAUAAUAAGAAACGAAAUAAGUUUUUGUUAAUAAAUUACUAUCAUCGUCUGUUA